AUGAACUUCCCGAACAACUCAGACUCUAGUGGCCUGUCCUCAGAAUUUCAACAAUUUAUUACCAACAGCAUGAACCAAACAUCUGAGCAACUCCAAGCCAUGCAACGAGCUUUGGCCGAGAAAGACGAAAUGAUCCGACAACUCCUCAAGCUUGGCAAAAUGCAAUUGGCCGACCAGCAAGGCAAUUCCUCUGAAGGUCCGCAAGUAGGCACGCACUCAGCCCCCAAAUCCGGUUUGCCGAUUUCCGAGAACACACCGCCGAACAAAGGUAAAUCUGUUAAGCGUGCGGUCAGUGGGCCAUCCAAGCUUAACAAUCCCAAAGGCGCAUCCAAAGGCAACACCGGAACGCCAACUCGCUCCAACAACAAACGUCGGGAAUCAACGCCAAAGACCGUCACCCCCAAAAAGCCAAAUCAAGUGCUUGCACUAUACGCCCACAUCAAGAUUCUAUGGGGUUUAACCGAAAAACGCCCAAUCCCACCUGCGCCGCAACCCGACAUAUUGCAAGAGUUUUACCAUCAAUUCUCUGAUUCGCACCAGAUCAAGAAUGUUGUGAACAACGUCAAUUCACCCGCCAUGGUGCCGAAAGACCAGAUCGAGACGCUCAAAGACAUGGUCUCUGGACGCAAGAACAUUGCGUCAGGCAUUGUUCAUGUUGAAGAACAGUUCAUUGAUUAUGCACGUACCUGCUUAGCUCGGAUGGGUUUGCGAGUGUGGGGCCCAAACCUCGACGAAACCCAGGACUCUCUCCUCAAUUCAGCAUGUCGGAUAUCAGCAGUUUCCACCUUUCGACAAGUCGCAGCCGUCGGAGCUUAUGAUUUCAUGAGUAUCAACAAAACCUAUCUCAACGAGUUUAAUCUGCUCUACCAAUGUUACAACCACUAUGUCCACCACGUAAUGCUAGAACGGUUCAAGAAGGAACAAAAGGAGGGGGGUAAAUACCAUGCAGAAGAGGAGAAGAAAGCAAUCCAAAAAGCCCGUGAACGACUUCGAGAUGCCAGGUAUAAAUUCGCUGUCGAACAUGACUUCCCCCCAAGGUAUCAGAAGAUAAUUGGCGACAUUCAUAGCCACAGCAAUGACGAAUACAACGCCAAGAACAAGGUCUAUGUUAUCAAAACUCUCCCCUUUCGCUCCAAAACCGCAAACACCUUUUUUUGCCGCCUCGAUAAAGUGAUGAUAGAUACCAACCUCGUUCGUGGAAAGAGGAGCCAACAACGUCGCCGAGCCCUUCCGACCAAACCCCAGCCCACAGUAUUCCCUAGAGCUCCAAAACGCCUUCCCCUUGACUUCUACGAUCCUGAAUGGUUCAAUGAGCUCCAGCCCAACAUCAAAGAUAUAGUUGCAGACACCAACUCGGUGGCGUUUUUCCCAGAACCAGCCAAUAUUCUUCGCGGAAACCGACACGCAGAUGAGAAGCUCAGCGACAAACGGUUCACGGAGAAGUAUUGGGACAAGGUGACCAGUAAAUACAACCUUGAUCACAUUAUUAACAACGAGGAUGACAAUAGCAGUGAUGAUGAAGACAAUGACGACGCAAGCUACCAUGGCAAUGAGAUUGAUUUAGCCAACACCUCAGGCGAGGAGGAGGAAGAACCGGACGAGCAAGAAGAAGAUGUCGCCUUCAUUGACGACCAAGAGCCUCAGGCCGGUCCUAGUAACACUAACCAUGAAGACUCAAGUGACGAUGAUGGUGCUUACGAUAACAACAACAAGAUGUUGGUCGAUGAUGACAAUGUUGCUUUUGCAAAUACUUGGGCCGCUUGA